GCGGGGCCAGGCCGGACCCAGCAGGGGCAGGGCCAGGGCCAGGGCCGGCCCAGCUGCCCUGGCAGGAGCAGGGGGACAGGGGCCCCCGCGCCUCCCAGCUCAGGUUCCCGCAGCUUCAGGCCUGUCCCGGGCUAGUGCCAGGCAGGGGAGCCGGGCAAGGGCCCUCCCUCGGCCCUGUCAGUCCCCCGAGCCCCGUCGACAGCGAGCUGGAGUGGAGGGAUGGCCUGUAGGGACCCCUGGGCGCCAUGAAGCUGUUCCUGCGGCUAGGCGGCUGCCUGGACCCAGGGGGGCAGGAGGGGCCCCCACUGUCCCGCACACGCUGGUACUGCCUGCCCGCCAAGGCCCCAGUGACGCUGACAGAGGCAGCGGAGGAUGGUGCCAUCUACAUGGUGGCCACGCGCCCAGCGCCCCCCGCAGCAGUGGGGAGCCCCGGGGGGGGGCAGCCGGCCCGCUCCCUGAAAGCAGGGACCCUGCCCCGGCUGGCGCAGCACCUGCUGGAGGCUCAGACCCUGGGCGACACUGCCUAUGUCCCAGCCUUCCUGGCCACCCACCGUGCCUUCACCCGCCCCAUCGAUGUCUUGCAGCUGCUGCUCGACAGGCUGGAGGAGGUCAGGGCACUGGAGCCAGGACCCCCCACCCCAGAUGUAACCGAGGUGCAGCGGGCCUUCGCGUCAGUGCUGUACUCCUGGCUGGAGGGGUACCCCGAGGACUUCAGGGGGGUGCUGGAGCCUGGCCUGGGGGAACGGCUGACCCGGAGCCUGCAGGUGGCGGCGGGCAAGGGCUCAGAGACAGAGCAACGACUACAGGAGCUACUGGGGGCCCCUGCCCACACAGCAGAGCCAGAGGAUGAGGGGGAGGAUGAGGAAGAGGCAGAAGAGGAUGCCAAUCCCUUGGCUUUCCUGGGCUUUCAAGCAGAGCAGGUGGCUGCCCAGCUGACCCUACUGGAGGCGGACCUGUUUGUGCGUGUGGUGCCCUAUGAGUGCCUGGGCUCGCUGUGGUCGCGCCGGGGCCGCCGGGGCCAAGAGGGUGCCUGCCCCAGCGUCCGUGCCACCGUGCGCCAGUUCAACCGCGUGGCGGGUGCUGUUGUCCGCUCCUGCCUGGGGCCUGCCAACCUGCGCCCACUACAGCGUGCCCGCCUGCUGGAGAAAUGGAUCCGUGUAGCUGAGGAGUGCCGAGCCCUGAGGAACUUCUCCUCACUGUACGCCAUCAUCUCUGCGCUGCAGUCCAGCCCUGUGCACCGUCUCAAGCGUACCUGGGAUGAGAUCUCCAGGGAGGCUCAGCGCAGCUAUGAGGAGCUCAGCACCAUCUGCUCCGAGCAGGACAACUACAGCCUCAGCCGCCAGCUCCUCUUCCAGGAGGGCACCUCCAAGCCGCCUGGUGCUGACCCUAUCCCCCGGAGGCAGCAGCGGCGACCCCAGGAGCAGCGCCCUAUGGGUGUGGUUCCCUACCUGGGCACCUUCCUGCGGGACCUGGUGAUGUUGGAUGCGGCUGUGAAGGAUGAGCUGGAGAAUGGAUACAUCAACUUUGAGAAGCGACGCAAGCAUAUGAAGUGGCCGUCAGUGUCAACGCUGGAUGCGGCCCCUGAGGAUGCUGCCACCAGUGCUGCCUCCCCCCCGCCUGCCCCGGGAGGCUUCGCCCGCACCCACCGCCGCUCAGCCUCCUGCGGCUCAGCCUUCCCCUCCCCCCAGUCUGGCACCUCCGCCUCUGACUGCCGCAUCAUUCGUGCCCGCAUGGGACUGUCCAAUGGCAGCCUCUACAAGAGUGUCUUGGUGACCAGCCAAGAGAAGGCCCCCGCCGUCAUUGCCAAGGUGCUGGAGAAGCACAGCCAGGACCCAGCCACAGCCUCCCAGUACCAGCUGGUGCAGCUGCUGCCCGAGGACAGAGAGCUGAUCCUACCCCCCAUGGCCAACGUUUUUUACGCCAUGAACAGCACCAGCCUAGACUUUCUGCUGCGCCCCAAGGGGCCCCCAGCACUGCACCCGCCUGCCCCCAGCACCCCCUCCCGGAGGCCGGAGCUCAGCGCUACCUUCCCCAAGAUCAAGGCCACAGGCCGCAGGUUCCCCCGGGCCCUCUUCUGAGCCAGGAGCCAUGGAGACGAGGGACUGUGCGCUGGGGGAGGGGAAUACCCCAGAGAUGCACAGACGCUACCCACUUCUUGUCCUGGCUCUGCUCUGCCAAGUGCUCCCUGCUGGGGUAAAGGUGUAGGUUGCCAUGACAACACCCUUGUCUCCUCCUCCCCCCACAACUAUAGGAUGCUGGGUGCCAAAGACUUGUUUCCAAAUGCCAAAAUGGCCACUUCCUGUCCCAAACUGGCAGUUGCCUUAUGGAGGGUGUCAGACCCACCUUACAAGUGCUGAAAGAAGCUGCUGUGACUGGAUCUUACAAAUGCCCUCUCCCCCUGCCCACUUCAUGUCCAUGGGGCAUCACUGCCCGCCCCCCUCCAGUGAGGCACUUAUCCUUUAUAUGCCCAGCAGUGAGCCCCUCAGGGGGCAAACCCCCCUCAUCUCUCCUCCCCAUCCUGGGGCCCAAGGGGGAUGGACACUCCCCAAAGCCACUGGGAUAAGGGGAAAGAACAUCCAGCCUCUUUCCCCUUGUCUGAUGCAGAGCCUCAACAGUCAACAGCCCCCACCAGCAAAGGCAGGACCUGGGGGUGACCCCCCUCCUCUUCUCCCUCCUGCCCCCCCCCCCACACCGCCCCAUGGGGCAGAGACUGCCACUUCUCAGGGAAUCUCAGCCUGCUCCAGCUCUGUCAUCCCCACCCUCCGCACGCGUGAGGGGGGGCGGCAGGAAUCAUCCACGCUCCCACUCCAGGUUCCAGAUCGGGGCCUUUUGCCACCGAUGUUUUGCUGUAACACUAAUGAGAGAGCAAUAAAGGACACUAUGAGCAGCUACAGAUGGAGCCU